CUUCCGGGACGAGCGUCUGGGCGACCGCACGUGGCUGUGUUGCCUUGGCCUUUGCCGGCGCUACUGGAAAAGUGAUUGGAACUGUUACCCCGGAACAGCCGGAGCCAUGGAGGGCCAGAGCGUGGAGGAGCUGUUGGCAAAGGCGGAGCGGGACGAGGCAGAGAAGCUGCAGCGCAUCACCGUGCACAAGGAACUAGAGCUGGAGUUCGACCUGGGUAACCUGCUGGCCUCCGACCGGAACCCCCCGACCGGGCUGCGGCAUGCGGGACCCACGAAGGAGGCCGAGCUGCGGGCCCUGGCGCGGGACAACACGCAGCUGCUCAUCAACCAGCUCUGGCAGCUGCCCACCGAGCGCGUGGAGGAGACGCUGGUGGCGCGGCUGCCGGAGCCCAGCACUCGUCUGCCGCGCGAGAAGCCGGUGCCCCGGCCGCGGCCUCUUACACGCUGGCAGCAGUUUGCGCGCCUCAAGGGCAUCCGUCCUAAGAAGAAGACCAACCUGGUGUGGGACGAGGUAAGCGGCCAGUGGCGCCGCCGCUGGGGCUACCAGCGGGCCCGCGAUGAUACCAAGGAAUGGUUGAUUGAGGUGCCGAGCAAUGCCGACCCCAUGGAGGACCAGUUCGCCAAGCGUAUUCAGGCCAAGAAGGAACGGGUAGCCAAGAACGAGCUGAACCGGCUGCGUAACCUGGCCCGCGCGCACAAGAUGCAGCUGCCCAGCGCGGCCGGCAUGCACCCUACCGGACACCAGAGUAAGGAAGAGCUGGGCCGCGCCAUGCAGGUGGCCAAGGUCUCCACCGCCUCUGUAGGGCGCUUCCAGGAGCGCCUGCCCAAGGAGAAGGCGCCCCGGGGCUCUGGCAAGAAAAGGAAGUUUCAACCCCUUUUUGGGGACUUUGCAGCUGAGAAGAAGAGCCAGUUGGAGAUGCUGCGAGUAAUGAACAGCAAAAAGCCUCAGCUGGACGUGACCAGAGCCACCAAUAAGCAGAUGAGGGAGGAGGACCAGGAAGAAGCGGCUAAGAGGAGGAAAAUGAGCCAGAAGGGCAAAAGAAAGGGAGGCCGACAGGGUCCUGGGGGUAAGAGGAAAGGUGGCCCACCCAGCCAGGGAGGGAAGAGGAAAGGGGGCGUGGGAAGCAAGAUGAAUUCCGGGCCGCCGGGCUUGGGUGGCAAGAGAAAAGGAGGGCAACACCAAGGAGGAAAGAGGAGGAAGUAAAUUUCAGCCUCGGACUUGUUUGUAAACCAAGAACUGUACUUAAUGUUGACAUCUAGGCACUGUAGGGGGACGCCAAAGAUGUGGCCCCUGCCUUCACUGAGCUUGAAGUUAAAGGGACAGCCUUGCCCUCCUCUGAAAAUAGUAUGUAAAUAUUGGACAGGACAAAUUAAUGUUAUUUCCCACAACCAAAACUUUGGCUGGAGAUUAAAGGAUGUAUUUUAAGGCCAUACGAAUUAGGGAAAGAAUUUGGUCGAAAUUAGGAGUGAGUUCUGUUUUUAAACAGACUUUUUUUUCCUUGUAAACUUUGGAUGUGGUGUGAGGGAGGUCAUAUUUCAAAGACUUUUAGCAUUGUUUUGAUAACAAGCUUCUGUAUUUAUCAAAGUGGGAGAACAAAAAGAUUACAAGGUUACAUUUUCAGAACUGUUGUAAAGGCCAUUUAAUAAAGGUAUGUCUGGAUCUAA